UGUAAAUACAGGCGUCUCUUAGAUAAGCUGACUAACAAGCUGGGAGCUGAGGGUCAUAACCCAGCCUGGGAGGGAGCUGAAAAUAUGGCUGUUUGCAGCAGUUUACUGCGGUUAGUCCUGCUGUGGUGGCUGAUCUGGGAGGCUGGCUGUGAUACGCAGCAUCAUGGAGAAGAAGUGGAGCUUAUCCAUUCUGACAAACAGACCAGAUUGGGAUGGAUUUCAGAACCAUCCAAUGAAUGGAGUGAAAUUCGAAUAAAAGCUGGUACUCCCAGUCCUGUACCUGUGCUCCAAGCCUGUGGGAAGAGAGUGAUGAGAACUGUCCUAAGCCCGUGGAUGGAGUGCAAAGACGCCCACUAUUUACUAAUGGAUAUUGCAAUAGCCCAAGAGGAGGAAUUACCUGGUCCGCUCAGCCCUCUCCAAGUUUACCUUUUCGACCUACAAACCCCUAUCAAAAAAAUAAAUAAUAUGAGGACUGUCUUACACCUCAAGAGCCCCAAGCCUUUCUCUCGUUCUGUACCUCCAGCCCAAAUAUUCAGCCACCUGAACCACACCCUGGCCCUGAACCUGGGUUCAAUCACUCGUGGAGGCUUCCAGCUUGCCUUUUCCUACUCAGGAACAUGUGUUUUUGUAACAUCCAUCAGACUGUAUUACAGGAUAUGCCCUGAGCUGGCAUCUGGUCUGAUUUUAUUUAAAAGUACAGGGGCCGGAUCAGGGCUCACGUUUGGCUCUUGUGUGAAGGGUGCUGUGGAGGGAUCUCCUCCUUCAAGAGUGUGUAAUAUGGAUGGAACGUGGGGGCCUCUACAAGGUGGGUGUACCUGUAAACAUGGACAUGAAGAGAUGGAUAACACAUGUCAAGCCUGCAGGAUGGGAUACUAUAAAGCAGCCAAUGAGACUGGAGGAUGCCAGAUAUGCCCCAUAAAUACCUGGACCAUCACAGAGGGAUCAGAGAAAUGUGAAUGUCAUCCGGGAUUCAGCCGCCUGCCUUCUGACCACCAUCAUCUUGGCUGCACAAAGCCACCUUCUGCUCCGGUGAAUCUCACAGCGUGGUAUCAUAACAGCUCUGUACUGACAGUGAUGUGGGACCCUCCUCAUGACCUGGGAGGCAGAAAAGAAGUAAAGUACCGUGUCACAUGUGAAAGGAAAACAGAAGCUAGCAGUCGGUGGAAGGAGUGUGGGAACAAUGUGGUUUUUCUACAAGACUCAGAAGAGCUCACCAACAAGGAAGUCAACAUUGUGGGACUCAACCCAUGGUGUGAUUACCGAGUCUCAGUGCAAGCGUGGAACGACAUCUCUACCCUGCAGGAAGAAUCACAUCCGUCCACUGCGACCAUCGUUAUUCACAGAAGGAAAAGUCCUCCCCUGGUCACUGAGACCCCAGGCUUAAACGUCACAAGUCAUGAAUUAACUCCAACUACUCUACAGCAGAGUCAUCUCUCCAAACUCCUCACAAUUGGUGUUGUAACUAUACUUGGAAUCCUGCUGCUCACGCUUCUAAUCUCCAUUGCAGUGUGUGCUUGGCGUAAAAACUACUCUAAACUCAGGUCAGACCAUGAAAUGGUGAUUUUGCCUCCCCGUGAAACUUACUGCCGCCAACAGAUGGUGGGGACUGCACCCCCACAGCCCAACAUUGCACAGGGUGGAACACCUUUGCUGGAGAGGAUUGGUGGUAGACUGUUGGCCAAUUUGAAGGAAGUCCUGGUAGAACGAAACCAACUGACCCUGGGCAAGGAGCUGGGCAAAGGGGAGUAUGGCUCAGUGUAUGCUGGGGUCUUUACACCAGAGGAAGGCAUUGACAUCAAGGUAGCUGUGAAGACCAUACGAGUCGGAAUCCACUGCCAGGAAGACUUGCAUGAGUUUUUGAAAGAGGCAGAGAUCAUGAAGAACUUUGAUCAUGAAAACGUUGUUAAACUACUGGGUGUCGCUUUAGAGAGCGAUCAGGAUUCUCUCCUACCUGUUCCUCUGGUCAUCCUUCCCUACAUGAAACAUGGAGACUUGCGCCGCUUCCUUAUUGCUACACGCUAUGGAGAAAAUCCUUUGUCUGUACCCCACCAAGUUCUCCUGCAGUUCUUGAUUGACAUUGCAGCAGGCAUGGACUAUUUGAGCUCACGAGGUUUUCUGCACAGAGACUUGGCUGCACGCAACUGCAUGCUGGGUGAUGACCUUAGGGUUUGUGUGGCUGACUUUGGCCUGUCCAAGAAGAUCUAUGGCAGCAAUUACUAUCGUCAGAAAGCAGUUAUACGUAUGCCAAUCAAAUGGAUGGCCAUGGAGAGCCUGUCUGAGUCCAUCUUCACCACCAAAAGUGAUGUGGUUAGUUUCUUAUGGAGACGUUUACUUACUGUGCAGAUAUUUACACAUUUGCAGCAUUUAUUUAUCAAGUUAAAAAAAAAAAAAACUUAUUUGUUCUUUUCUCAGUGGUCAUUUGGAGUAACUAUGUGGGAGAUUGUGUCCAGAGGAAUGACUCCAUAUCCUGGAGUACACAACCAUGAACUGCUGGACCUUCUACAGUCUGGAUACAGGCUUAAACCACCUGAAGACUGUGAUCAGAAACUUUAUGAAGUCAUGCAGAGCUGCUGGGAAAGGGAACCGAGCAUGAGGCCUACCUUCAGAGAUCUACACAAAACACUGAAAAGUCUUCUAUCACAGCUCCCAGUCCUGACAGUCAGCCAGGAGGCUAGUUACAUCAACUUUGGCUUGGAUGUUACUGAUGCUGCUGCUGCUGCUCCCUCCCAGGAUCCACAGACAAACUCUGCAGAAAGACAAGAAAACGUCUACCAUCUUACUCUUAUGGGUGCACAGGGAUGUCCCCUUCCUCCUCGAUGGGGGCAGUAAUUGUGUGUGUUUCAUGUUUUCUUCAAUCAACAGUCCCCACACUGGACUAGUGUUGGCUAACAGGCACACUGCAGCUUGACGAGGUGAAGCACACUUGAACAACCGUGUGUUAACUUCGAGUGGAGGUAGCAUCAGCUGUCGAAAACAUAUAUUUUCAGUGUCCUACUCAUGACUGACGAGUAGAGAGUCCAGAACAGUGGCUACAAAUAAUGGAGAUAAACUUUCAGACAGGUUUUGUCAUAAAAUCCUCUCCCUUGGUUCUGCUUCACCUCCACUCUUUUUUCGUCUCUCCCUUUUUCCUUUCCCUCCAGUUCUGUCUGCCAAUCAACAGCCCGCAAAGGUGUCACUCACUCAGCACUUCCUGUUACCAAAUCUUUCAAAGUAAAAUAGCAUAUAUAGCCAUGAACUUUCAAAAUAAAACAAAUGACUUAAAAUAAUGAAUUUCAGUUCUCCUUUUAAAUCAUUUAACACAGUUACCAUUUUUUAUUUAUGCAACAUGACAGCAGGAACAGUUUAUAAUAAAUGUUUUAAACUCUUCACUGUUUUUACCCACAUACUUUUUAAAUGGCCAUUCAACACUACAAGACAACAUUUUGUACCUGGUUACACUUCCCUUGAUAGUUUAUUUUCAGCUGUAUCAAAGAUUGUUGGUAGCGAAAUUUGAUUGUUGUGAUAUACACUUACCUGGCCAAAAAAAAAAAAAAAAAAAUGUCUGCAACUAAUCAAAUAAGCAGGAGCCUCCGAUUAGACAAUUAUAUGGGCUCAAUAUUAAGUCAUAA